AUGCUUCUUAGUGCCAGUAAGGAGGCGAGCUGCCGCGUUCUGAACGAGCUGCAGGCGGUUGAGCUCAGACUGGUCAGUGCCAAAGUAUACAACAAAAACACAAAGCUGCAGUACGUGAGGAAGUACAAACCCCACAGAGACGACGUCAAGCAUCUGAGAAUCCUGCUUCAUGGUCCAGUUGGAGCUGGAAAAUCCAGUUUCAUCAACUCUGUUGAAAGUGUCUUACAAGGCAGAAUCACAGGCAGAGCUCCAGCAGAGGCAAAUACCAGUGAAAGUUUCACCAAGAAGUACCAAACCUACAAAAUCCAAAAAGGACGACCCAGAGACUUUUACCCUUUUGUCUUCAAUGACACAAUGGGUCUUGAGAUGAAGGAGGACAGAGGAGUCCAUCCAGGAGACAUCAAACUGGCCUUGAAGGGACAUGUGAAAGAUGGUUACACGUUCAAUCCUGCAUCUAAACUGUCAUCUGACAAUCACUACUACAACGCACAACCAACUCUAAAUGACAAAGUUCAUGUUCUGGUGUGUAUUGUACCUGCUGACAAAAUACUUCUACUGACUAAAGACGAUGUGAAGAAGAUGAAGGACAUCAGAGAGACGGCCAGUGACCUGGGAAUUCCCCAGCUGGCUGUCCUCACCAGAAUUGAUUUAGCCUGCCCACUGAUCAAGGAAGAUCUGAAGAACGUCUAUAAGAGCAAGAACCUGAAGGAGAAAAUGGAGAAAUUCAGUCAGUUGGUGGGAAUUCCAAUGAACUGCAUCUUUCCUGUGAAGAACUACAGUGAGGAAAUAGAUGUAGACAGUGAAGUUGAUUCUCUGAUUCUGAGCGCCCUGAGACGGAUCAUCAGCUCUGGAGAAGACUUCAUCAACGACAUGGAAACCUAA